AUGAAUCUGGAUGAUGAAGGUGAAAUGGCGUCAGGUGAAGUAUCUGAACUGAGGAUAAUUCUGUUGGGAAAGAGUCACUUAGAGACCAGCAGUGUGGGGAACUUCAUUCUGGGUAGAGCUGCAUUUGAGACUGAACUUCCUCCACAUUUAGUAGAUCAGCACAGUGAGAGAGCCAGAGGAUGGGUGGAGGAAAGAUACAUCACCAUCAUCAAUGCUCCUCAUCUGUACAAUCCAGAACUCACUCAGUCAUCUGAGAGACUAAAAGAGUGUGUUUCACUUACUGCUCCUGGUCCUCAUGCUUUCUUACUCGUGGUGCAACUUCAGAGUUUUACUGAGGAGGAAAAAAAACAACUGAAAGCCAUACUCAGCUGUUUCAGUGACCAAGCACUAAACUACUCUAUAUUGAUCAGUACUGACUGGGAGGCUGAAGAGAAAAAAUCUGCAAGUUUUAACAAGUUUCUGGAUGAAUGUGAUGGAAGGUUUCACAGAUUUAAACACAGAAAAAAUCAUGACAAGACUUCAGUUUGUCGGCUGUUUGAGGAGAUUGACAUAUUGAUAAAAGUGAAUGGAAGUCACCUCACAUGUGAGAUUUUUGAGGAUGCAGAGGAAACUUUGCAGCAUUACGACAAACAUGGAAAAAAUGAAGAGAAGAAAAGUGCAGAUUGUCUUGAGGAAAAAAGUUACAAGAACCCGUUUAACAUAGUAGGAAGUGUUAGAAAAGACUCCAGCUCCAACCUUUAUCCAACAGAAACAGAAUUGGAGAAAAAGAUGGAGCUUGGAGUAGAAGAAUGUGGAUCAAAAUGUGAAGUAAAGAUAAAAACAAAACAACUUUUAACUAGACUUCAUCUUCUGGAAAAGCAGAAACUAAAAAUGAAAACCUCAGAUGUUCUUCAGCUAACUUCUCUUUCAUUACAUUGCCAAGAACCGUGUGAAGAAAAAGAUCUGGUUCUAACUUACCUACAAAGGUUAUUAAUGAUGGAUUACAGAGCAAGAUACAUCACCACCAAAGAAGAAGCCACUGAUUUAGACCCUCCUUCUCCAGAUACAGAUGAAGAAGUUGAUGCAUUUGAUGAGCUUUUCUGCAAAAAAGCUUCAUCUUCUGAUGGUGAGAGUUUAAAAAAUCCUAUCCAUCCCAUGGAUCUUCAGAUGGCGGUGUUCCACUGCUCAGACAGUUUCCUGAAGCAACUAAUAGUAACUAAACUCUCUCAGUGUCAGUACACUCUGCCUCUACUGGUGCCAAAUCCAUUUACUGGAAAGAUCGAGUUUCCUCUGUGGACAUUUCGCCAAAUUGCUAAAAGCUGGAAAACCACUGACACUUCUGGUACCAAGAUCAGUAAAACCCAGCAUGUUUAUGAAGCAGAAACUCCAAUGGUGGUGUUCUUCAGGUUAGGAGACGUGUCCUUUUCCAAGUCUCAGCUGAUGAACAGCUUGAUCAGUAAGAAGCAUGAUACGUUCUUCCACAGACACUGUCCAGGCAGCAUUAAAAAGCGUCUACUGAUGGAUGGAGUUGUGGAGAUUGCUUGGUACUGUCCAUCUGGAAAGGAAACUGAUCAUUUUACUGACUGUGUUGCUUUCUGUAAUCUACAUGGUGAUGCAGAAACCAGUAAAGAACAACUGGAUAUUCUGACUGAAAUGUCGUCUGUAAAUGUUGUUCUUUUAUCUGAUCCUAAAAAUGAUAGAAAUAAUGAGAUGCUACAGAAGCUCCUGAAAGACCCCAAACCACUCAUCUGUCUCCUUUCUGAGGAUCAAUCAGGUGUCAGUGGGACUAAAAAUGGAAAAUACAGAAUUGGUUUGAAAGACAGAAACCAAUCAGAGGUAUCUAAGAACCUCAGAACAACCAUCACAGACUGUCUGUCCAAGUCAUCUUCAGUUUUUAAACUUGAGGAUUUAAACAAAAACAAUGAGAUCAGCACAGAUGAAGAUGAUCCUGAAUGUAGGAAAGGAAAAGAAGCAGCACUAGAGAUAAUAAAACAACUGGAGGGGAAGGAAAUAUCCACAUUAAAGGAAACACACCUGCCCUGUCAAGGGAAGCUCUGGUAUGAGUGGUGUCAGGUAAACAAAGACUUACAUCGACUUCUAGGAAACAAUUUAGAAAUGCAAAAGAGUGAAAAACAAACACAAAUGAAACAAAUCCGUGAACAGCAACAAGAAAUUGGACAAUCAGAAUUUAUUAAACAAAUUGUUUCCUCACUGAAUUCUUUAUCAGGAAAUGAAAAAUUGUUUUUUAUUAAAUGGCUCGAGAUUCUACUGGACAAUCAAACCUCAGAUGAUCUUUUACAUCUUUAUCACAUGUACAAUGAAACAUGGACAAGGGUUUUAGACCUCAAAAAGAAGCAUGACACAUCUGAAAGAGAAAAGAUGAAGGCUGAGCAAACAGAACUUGAAAAAAUAUCUGUAAGACUGAAUGCAGCUACAUUUGGUCUGGAACACAGCUUCAGAGAGAUGGGUCAGAUAUAUGAGUCAUUUAUGUCCAAACAAACAAGUAAGAAAACAUUUGAAGAAGGAAGUAUCUCAAAUCUCCCCAAACUUGCUGCAGAACUCAUAAAAUCUGGUCUUCCACUGGAGCUGAUGGAUGGUGAUGCUGCUCAUGUUCCUCUGAUUUGGGUUUCAGCAGUUCUAGAUGAACUCAUAAAGAAACUAGGAGACCAGAGAGUCUUUGUUCUGUCAGUUCUAGGGAUUCAGAGCACAGAAAAAUCCACCAUGCUGAACGCCAUGUUUGGACUCCAGUUUGCUGUCAGUGCUGGAAGGUGCACCCGAGGAGCCUUCAUGCAGCUGGUCAGAGUAUCAGAGGAGAUGAAGGAGCAGCUGAAGUUUGACUACAUUCUUAUUGUAGAUACUGAAGGGCUUAGAGCACUUGAGCUUGCAGGAAAAUCCACUCACCAUCACGAUAAUGAACUGGCAACAUUUGUUGUAGGUCUUGGAAAUCUGACUUUGAUCAACAUAUUGGGUGAGAACCCUGCUGAGAUGCAGGAGAUUCUUCAGAUUGUUGUUCAGGCCUUCAUGAGAAUGAAGAAGGUCAAACUAAAUCCCAGAUGUAUGUUUGUCCAUCAAAAUGUUGGUGACAUCACUGCUGGAGAGAAGAACAUGGAGGGAAGAAGACGUCUACAGGAAAAACUGGAUGAAAUGACAAGAUUAGCUGCUAAAGAGGAAGACAGUGAAGCUGAGUGCUUCAGUGAUGUUAUUGCUUUCAAUGUACAAGAUGAUGUUCAGUAUUUUGCACAGCUCUGGGAGGGCAGCCCACCAAUGGCUCCACCAAACCCCUCAUACAGUGAAAAUUUUCAGAAGCUAAAGAGAGCUAUUUUCACAAAUGCUGCCAAGUCUCAUAGUAUGAAACUCUCAGAGUUUAAAUCACACAUUAGUGAUCUGUGGAAGGCUCUACUGAAUGAGAACUUUGUUUUUAGUUUUAAAAACACACUGGAGAUUGCAGUCUACAGGAAACUAAAAACUGAGUUUGGAAAAUGGACCUGGUCCCUCAGAAGUGCCAUGUUAGAACAUGAAGAAAAACUGCACAACAAAAUUAAAAACAAAAAACUGGAAAAGCUUGAGGACAAAGACCUUUAUGCUCACAUGAAGAGGACCAAAGAAGAAGUGAAGAAGUCAAUGAAAUGUUACUUUGAAGAUGAAAGAGACAAGGAAAUCUUAAUUCAAUGGCAGAUACAAUUUGAACUAAAAAUGACUCAACUUCUUGAAGAUCUUGUCAAAAAUGCAAAAACAAACCUGAAUGAUUUUCUUCAACAGCAAAAUGCUCGAGAAGCUUUUAAUCACAAAAAGACAGAGUAUGAUAAAAAUCUCUUCAAUAUGAGUAAAGCACUUGCUCUACAACUAAAAAGCACAGAAACUGAUGAACGAGUCCUCAGACAGGAAUUUGAUAAAGUGUGGAACAAAUGGGUCUCUGAUCUGACACAAGACACACCUGUAGAGAAACCUUUAAAUUUUUGGGAGGAUGUGAUACAGAUUCUAUCUGAAGGUAAUGAACAAGCUGCUGUACAUGAGCAAAUAUCUCAGGAAAAUUACACAAAGAUACACAGCCUGGGAGAUAAUUCAUGGUACAUUCUUUUAACCAGGCAUGAAGAACAGCAAACACAUUUGGGUUCAGAGAUAAAUCCUUUGUAUUUUGAAGAACAUGAGUCAGUGAGAAAUCUGACCAGAAAUGUCAUCCAAGAAUCUGAGCACUUAAUCGAGGAGAUCUACAGCAAAGUUGCAGGACUGGGGUACAAAAACAGCUACAUUCAGGAAAUAACUGACCUGGUCAAACACAUAGUGGAGAAAUAUCACAGUGAGAACAAAAAAAUUAAGCUGAAGAAGGAAUUCACUCUGGAUCUCUGUCUUCAUGUGUGUUACCUUGCAAAUCCCGAAUUCACCAAGAUCCACCAACAGUUCAGAGAUGAAAAUGAUGUAAAAUUGUAUCUAGAAAAACAGAAACCACAAUAUUACAGCAUCUUCCAAAACUACUGCAGAGGAGCAACAACCACAACAGUAUUUGGUGAACUUGUCUACAACAAUCUUGUACCAGCCAUCAUACAAGCAGCCUACAAUAAAACUAUUAUUGAUCUGUCAACACAGAUGAGCUCAGACAUGCCAGAAUUUAAUGGUAACAGGUUACAGCUUGAGAAACACAUUCUGAAAUCUCUGGCAGAGCAGGAGAACUUUGGGAAGUACAUGAAGUACAUCCACCAUCCCAAGAAACACUUUAAAUGGUUCAUUAGAAAAAAGGUUGGUAAAUACAUCACUGAAAAUAACAGAGAGGUUCUGAAUCUUCUCACAGAAAACCUGAAACACAAAGAGCAGAAAGUGAUGAACGCUGUGAACAUCACAACUGAAGAAGUGAAGAACAGCUGUGGUGAUGCAAACAUGUGGCUGAGAAGUUUAAACAAUUCACUAUUAGAUGAGCUGAGCUUAAAAGAAAUAACCUGCACUGGUCUGGAGGAAAUUACAGAUUUAGAUUUUAUUCGGCAGGUUGUAGGUAAUGGUCUCACAAAGAUGAUGUCAGAACAACAUAAAAGCUUCAGUGUAACAGACAGCAACAUGGAGAAGUUCAGGAAGAAACCAGAUGAGAUUCUGAUUGAACAUCUGUGUCAGUGCUGCUGGGUUCAGUGUCCAUUCUGUAAAGCCAUCUGCACCAACACAAUGGAGAAUCAUGAUGGAGAUCACAGUGUCCCCUUCCACAGAGUAGAUGGAAUCAUAGGUCGUUACUACACAAAUACAACAAAUCUCUGUGCUGAUAUUUGUACAACUUUAGUACAAAGUGAUAAACAGUUCUACCCCCGUCAUGAUACAGAUGAUUUGGUACAUUACAAAAAUUACACAACAGCAGGAGGAGAAUAUGCUGAGUGGAGCAUCACCCCUGAUAAUUCAGAGCUCCCAUACUGGAAAUGGUUUGUGUGCAGAUUCCAAACAGACCUGGAAAAGUACUAUGGUAAAACAUUCAGGGAAGACGGAGAGAUUCCCAUUGGAUGGAGAAAAUACACAAAAAAAGAAGCUAUAGAGAGUUUGGAUAAAUACAUCUGA